AUGGUGCGGCACGAUAAGCGUAGUGUCGUCAAGCACAGAACGCGUGGCUCCGAGCCGCAUAAAAAGGGCGGCUUCCAUGUAGGCGCGACGAACGUGCCUAAUGGUGCGUAUAUAGGACGGGCCAAAAAACACAAGGAGGCGCUGAUCCACAAAGCCAAGGUGAAAAAGGCCUAUUACAAGAUGCUCGACAGGGAAAAGGGGGCGGCGCCUGUCGAGGCUUCGCCCAUCCAAGAUGUGGGGCGCUUUGCGUCGGAGAGCGAGCAGGAGGAGAGCAGCGCAACCCGCGUGGCCGCGGACAGGGCGCCUAGCCAGCGCAAGAAAAAGCUGCCCUACUUUUACACGCCCCCUAAGCAGCCUCGCGAGAAGGCACAGCCGGAGCGCACACGCGAGCAGGCGCUAGAUGAGCGUGAGGCGCGCCGAAAGCUGUGGAACCGCAAGAGCCCGAGCCGCCUGGGCCGCGAGCGUGGCCAGCCUGACCUCGGCGCCCGCAUGCAGGUCAUGCUGGACAAGAUCCAGCGCGACUAA